UGACUCAAUAUUUGUUAAAAUACGUAGUUGUGCGUUGACUAAGCCUGCGAGUUAGAGUAGUAGUUGCUGGUCGCUGGGGUGAACAAGAGAGGAGAGAGAGCAACGGUAUCAGAACGAAAGGAGAGAUUCAUCGGAGUUCUUGUAAGUUGCUGAAGUGCGAUUUUCACCAUGUUACCGCACAUGCCCGAGCUAUGUUGGGACGAACCUGUGAUACCUUGCGAGGACAAUGCGAAAUUGAGCAAGUGGGUUGACCAGGUGAGUACCAAGAGGGACUUCUGUUGGAGCAAACCUAGACGCAACUACAGAAUGGAGGCCAUCCUUACUCACACCCUGUACAAGGCGAAGCGCGAGCUGAAGCGUAAGAAAUUGUCUUGGUCGACUCGUCCGUACUACUGCAAAAGAGAAGACAGGAAUAAACAAGCUGAAGCCAGGCGAAUGGAGAUGGAUGCGAGAGAAGAGAUGAAGGAAAACCUGUACGGUACUUGCGUACAAACUUUGGUACCCGAGUGGAAGGCUGAGGAGAGCACCGAAAAGGGGACUACGAAGUGGGAUGACGAAUUCGUAAAGGAUGUGGAAGAUGUACUCAGCAACUUGGACAGCUUCAUGAACGAAGUGAAUAAAGUACAAACAGUCGUGCAGCGCUAAAUAGACAUCACAGUUGCACCGGCAGUCAUCAAGGGAAAACGCAAAUCUACGCAAAUCGGCGCAUUGAAUCCUUCCCCGUGCAGUGACUGCGGCAACUAUCGAAGUCUCGCCCGUAUCCCUAUGUAACAUCUUGGGUUUUUUUCC